AUGGACCGAGGCAAGGCAUCGCCCAUCCUAGCCCCUCGUCAUGACUCCUCAAGUCGCGUCGACAAGCCCCAAUCCGCGGCUGAGAAGCUGGCCUCUUUGAAAGCUCGAGUCGCCGCUGCCGUGGGCAGUAGCAAGGCAAAGAGUAAUACGGGGCUGAAUGUCCCUCAGCACCCCAUCCUGGCUAGGGGAGGUCUAAAUGUCGACCUUCAUCCCGCGCUGCAAGACCUGGGGCAAUUCAAACCAUCCAAAACUGUUGCGCCGAAGUUUGCAACUAGCAUUGGUAAUGCUCGCCCACAACCAGAGAAGCCUGCUCCGAAGAGCAAGAAGCAACUCGACCUGUCUGGACCUUCGGCGGAGGAAACACGGAACAACCCAUACUUUGAUAUGAGCUUGGGAGGGCAAACAGCGACUUUGAAGAAUCGCCAUUCGAGGCAGCUGAUUUUCAACCAAAAGGGCAAAUACAUCCAACAGGCAAAUGCGUUACGAAGACAGGCGGCUUUGGAGGCUAUGAAAAAGCGCAUUGCGGAGUCAUCACGGAAGAUCGGUAUCGACGAAGAUCUGGAUACGGAAAAGAACUUCCUUGUUGAAGCGCCCCCCGACAUCGAAUGGUGGGAUGAAGGUCUGGUGGAAGCUAAAAACUAUGACAGUAUUGACAACCCAAAAAGUCUCAAGAUUGAACCCCCCGACUCCAUUAUUACCGAAUACAUCCAACAUCCCGUCCUCCUCGAACCUCCCCAGGAAAAGAAUAUGCCUGCUCCGAAGCCCAUGUUCUUAACCGCAAAGGAACAAGCCAAAUUACGACGACAACGAAGAAUGGCAGAGUUAAAAGAGCAGCAAGCCAAAAUCCGGCUGGGCCUUGAGCCGGCACCGCCGCCAAAAGUCAAAAAGGGGAAUCUUAUGCGGGUAUUGGGUGAAGAAGCCGUCAAGGACCCAACGGCAGUCGAAGCACGUGUGAACAGGGAGAUCGCAGCUCGCCACCAGACACACGUUGAGAUGAAUGAGGAACGAAAAUUGACCAAGGAACAACGCCACGAGAAACUUGCGGUAAAUCAAGAAAAAGACGCUGCGAAGGGUAUUCGCCUGAUGGUUUUUAAAAUUGACAAUCUAUCGAAUGGUAGCCAUCGAUUUAAGAUUGCGAAGAAUGCAGAGCAGUUUGCUCUGACAGGGAUCUGUGUGAUGCACCCGCGAUUCAACUUAGUGAUUGUCGAGGGCGGCGAGUACAGUAUACGGCAAUACCGCAAGCUUAUGCUUCAGCGUAUUGACUGGACCGAGAAUUCGCCUACACGAAUUAAGGAAGGCACGAAGGCCGAAGCGUUGCAAGAUUGGCUGAAGGCCGAGGACGAGAAAGGAGAGCUCAAGGAUAUGUCUCUGAACAAGUGUGUAUUGGUCUUUGAAGGAGAGGAAAAGGCAAGAGCGUUCAGAAAAUGGGGAAGCAAGGUCUGCGAGACGGAUAGUGCUGCUAGGGAAGCUUUGCAGAGAUCAAAGAUGGAGAAUUUUUGGACGGUGGCGAAGAACCUGCCGAAGUAA